UUCAGUUAAUGUGCGAUUUGAGUUCAGUGUGCAGCUUACUUUCUUGUUAAUGGAAUCAAAGCAGUAUGGAGAUAUCUCAAUAAUAUAAUGUAUAAUUUUAUUAUAAUCUUAAAUUAAGAAAGCUUUUACAAACAUGGUUAAGAUAGUACUAAAUUGGCUGUAUUGUGGUAUUAGUGCCUUGUAUGAAUCAUUCUGAAGUCUGCAGAAAACAAUCCACAAUUAUUGAUCGUAGAAAUGCAGUCCACAGGGGAAGAGGAAGAUGACUGCUGUGACUUUCUGUUCAAAAUCAUCCUGAUCGGUGACAGCAAUGUAGGAAAGACCUGCAUGAUUCACAGUUUUAAGUCUGGAGUCUUUAGUGACAACCAGCAGAACACCAUCGGCGUGGACUUCACCGUUCGCACCAUGGACAUCGAUGGCAAGAGAGUAAAAAUGCAGGUGUGGGACACCGCGGGACAGGAGCGUUUCCGCACCAUCACACAGAGUUAUUACCGAAGUGCCCAUGGCGCCAUGAUCGCAUACGACCUGACCCGACGACCCACAUUUGACUCUCUACCACACUGGAUACAGGGAGUGGAACAGUACGGAGCAGCCAAUGUCAUCUUUGUUCUGAUAGGAAAUAAAUGUGACCUGGAAACCCAGCGGCAGGUGCUGUUUGAAGAUGCUUGCACGCUUGCGGAGCGAAAAGGAGCUCUGGCAGCGCUGGAGACCUCCGCCAAACAACAUCACAACAUCGAGGAGGCCUUUGAACUGAUGGCACGAGAACUCAUAGUGCGACACGGAGGCGUAGUCCCUCAGGACAACCAAUCAGAUUCACCCAGUAUUAUUCUGGACACUGAUUCUCAUCCAGUAAAAGAAAGGGAACAUCUGGAGAAGAAGUCAUGUGACUGCUGACUGACAGGUGCCAACAUGUUGGCUACUGAACAAUAUUCAGUGGAUAUUUCCAUCAGGCCUUUAGUCCAAAUGUCCAGGCAUUGGUUGAAAACAGGAAAAAACUGUUUGUAUUACCACACUUGGAUCUAAAGUGAAGUACGUUGCUCCUAAAUACAGGAUUGUCACUUAAGUCUGAAGUGUGUAACUUUUUCAGUUAAAAAAACUUUUUUGUGUCCCAGCUUAAUAGGCACAGUCAAUAAGUAAACCAUUCAUAGGUUGAUUUCCUCAAAAGCUUUAAACACUGUGUCUUUGUGGCACUUUAAAAAAUCCUGACAUCCAGACCAAACUGACACUGCCACAUUGAUUCAACCGAUGGCGUGACUGCGGCUUUUAAACUUUGCCAGGUAUGUUUGGCUUUAAAAGAAUUCAAACGUCUGAUCAAAAUAUGAAAAAGCGCAUAUAUGUUCAUGGCAGUACGGCUGGAAUCAACAAAUUCAGUAAAAGGACUACGCACACCCGGCCCCCAAUCGGGCUAAUCAGCCGAGGAGAGGGAUAAGUGAGAGAGAGAGAAAGCCACAUGCAGCUGCCAUGUGUGUUUAUGUUGGUGUCUUUUUAAGUUAUUAUUAAAUAUUACUUUGACUGUUCAGCCGGUUCCCGCCUCCUCCUUUCCCAUUUUAACCCAGUUACAUUGGUUGCCGAAGCCCGGGAAGGAGAAGGGAUGCAUCGUCGUGGAGUCCUCGCCUCUGCCAUCCACCCAAAGGAGCAGCCGCGGCCAUCCGCCGGGGGACGGAGGAGUUGUUGUCAGCCACCUGGACAUGGAGGAACGCCGCUGCCAGGGGCGGAGGAGUUCCCUACCGGCUGCCAAAACGCGGAGGGGCGUUCCAUCCGCCAGGGGUCGGAGGACUGGCUCUGGUCCACCCGGGAAGGAGCGGCUGUCGUCCGCCAGAGUGUGGAGGAGUGAUCGAGGACCAGGCAACGGUGUGUCUGGGAACCGGCGAGCUAGUUUUUUUUUCUCUCUCUCACCGUCGCUCCGCCUUGCCCUUUCCCUCUCUUCUUUUUUGUUUGUUUUGUUUUUCCCUCCCCUCGUCCCCCUCCCCAGCCCUAGAGAGGCAGGGAAAAGCCUGCCGGCAGGUGGGGCCAGAAGGGCUCGUCCCUCCUUUUCUUUGAAAAAAGCAACAAUUGAGGUGAGACACUUACAAUGGAAGUCAAUGUUUUUAAUACAGAUACUUCAUACAGAUAAAAAAAAACUGUUCGAAACAUCACGUUUUAGAUUAAAAUUGUAGUAUAUUUGGGAGAAGCUGUUUUAUUUUCUUUAUUGCACUUUAUUGACAUGAAAUAAGUGACUGGAGACUUAUGUUACUAUCUAGUGGAAAUGCAGAUUUGUCUAGACAUAACUAGUGUAAACUAUGAGUAAUUACAUGAUGACGAAGUAAAUUUACACACACACACACACAAAAUCAGGCGUCUCAAUUUAACAGUUGCAUUUAUUGAAUUAACUCUGUAAACAUACAGUAUAUACAAGUGCAACAUGAUGUUUAAACUCUUAUGGGACAUGUAUACUGCAGUAGAUAAAGCACAAUAAAAUAUUAAAAACAGUGAAUUCAAUAAAUGUUUGUUCUUUAACACACAAUAUAUAUAUUUAGUGGGUUAAAUAUGAAUGGAAGGAUUUGUGUAUUAAAAUGUUAAAAACAAACAUAC